AUUCAUCAAUGUUUUAACAAGACCUGGUACCUUAACUCUUCGCUCAAAUUUAUGCAUGCAGUAUUCACCUGGAGUUCUGACAGAUGAAUGGCAUGAAUUUAUACAGGCGCAACCACUCGAUUAUGAUAUCAAGAAACCUGAAAAUUUUAAUCUUCUUACAUCCAGCUACAACAACUUUUGGUUUGGGAAGAAAACAGACCCUUUGCCAAAAUCUGCUACUCACGAAAUGAUGGAUCAAUCUUUCGAAUGGUAUAAACAAAACAAGUAUCAAAAACAAACGGCAAUGGAUAAAAUCAGCCUACCAAUUUCGAAUAAAAAGAGUGUGGAAAAAUUUCCAAUUUUGCAAUCCCAUCAUCACUACGAUGAAAAGAAACCAGGUUUUGGAAGUACUCAAAUGUCGCAUUAUAAAUUUCCUUGUUUUGAAGAGCUCAGAAAGUCUGUUCAGGCAGAAAAUCUAGAUAUACCAUGGAAGAAAUAUCGCCUCUUUCAUUCUUAUUUUGUAGAUACAGAUUGUGCUUGUCAUAAGAACAUUCAUAUCUGGCAAGAUGAACAUUACAUGUAUCCCCAUGGCCGACAGAAGUCAAAAACUACUCCAAAAUUUGAAUUUUAAAUCAUUCAUCGAUAUCUUUACAAUUGAUAUUCUCUAAUGAUUAAUUUUGAUUUGUCUCGGAAACGUAGCGGAAAAUUAUGAAAAUUUCGUAACUUAGGAUAAUAAAAUAAAACUUUGCUACAUUAAUUAUAAUCACAGCGUAUUUUCGAAAAUGCGAAAUUUUAAAAUUAAUAAAUAUAAUUAUAAUUGGAUCUAUUUUGUAUUAGUAUAAUUCAAUUGAAGGCUGGAUGGCCGAAGCAGUUAAGGUGUUGAUGUAACAGUCUGAGGACUCGAGAUCAAUUCAGGACAUUCGAAAAUUCCUGAAAAUUUUUCGUGUGGUGACGGGACCCGACAUAUCCAGAACGAAUAUGUCGGGUCUUGUUCCUCGCCACCCAGUCUCUCCCAUUGUGGACAUGGCCAAACCUGCGAUGAAUACGUAAAAUGCCCUCGUAAUUAAAAGAAAUGAGUGAUAGAAUAAAGCAACACCAUAUUUGAGAAAUCUAUCAAAGGGGAUUUCUCUGAAGGAGGACUUUCUUUGGGAAACUGGCACCUAAACUAGCACCUUUAGGUGUUACGCAGGCAACGAAAACCCGGAAAAUUCCACGUAGCCAGCUCUUAGGUGAGGUGCGAACUCGCAACCUCUUGGUCUCUUGUGGGCCACGGAAGAAAGAGUUAAAAACGAAAGAAAAAGAAAUUAUAACAGAAUUCCUGUGGUUAAAUUUGCGUGUUUCACUUUCUUCCAAUGCUGAAUAUGUUAAACGUAAAAAUUUAAAUAGAAUUGAUCCUCUUCUAAAAAUAUAGGCCUAC